CCCAUGCCCGUCUCCUGAAGCGACCCCCCCGUCCCGGCAUGGAUGUGGCCAACAACACUACCUCCCCAGAGCGCUCCCCCGAGGGGGCAGGUGGCCCCGGCCUCGCCGAAGUGACCCUGGGCUACCAGCUGCUCACCUCGCUGCUCCUGGGCACGCUCAUCCUGUGCGCCGUGAGCGGCAACGCCUGCGUGAUCGCGGCCAUCGCCCUGGAGCGCUCCCUGCAAACCGUGGCUAACUAUCUCAUCGGCUCGCUGGCCGUCACCGACCUCAUGGUGUCCGUGCUGGUGCUGCCCAUGGCAGCCCUCUAUCAGGUGCUGAACAAGUGGACGCUGGGGCAGGUCACCUGCGACAUCUUCAUCUCGCUGGACGUGCUGUGCUGCACCUCUUCCAUCCUGCACCUGUGCGCCAUCGCCUUGGACAGGUACUGGGCCAUCACGGACCCCAUCGACUAUGUCAACAAGAGGACUCCCCGGCGGGCCGCCGUGCUCAUCAGCCUGACCUGGCUCAUCGGCUUCUUGAUAUCCAUCCCGCCCAUGCUGGGCUGGAGGACGCCCGAGGACCGCUCGGACCCCGACGCCUGCACCAUCAGCAAGGACCACGGGUAUACCAUCUACUCCACCUUCGGCGCCUUCUACAUCCCGCUGCUCCUCAUGCUGGUGCUCUACGGCCGCAUCUUCAAGGCGGCCCGCUUCAGGAUCCGCAAGACCGUCAAGAAAGCGGAGAAGAAGAAAAUCGCCGACACCUGCCUCACCCUCUCCCCGGCCACCCUGCAGAAGAAAAGCAACGGGGAGCCCGGCAAGGGCUGGCGGCGGACUGUGGAGCCCAGGACCGGCGCCUGUGUCAACGGCGCGGUGCGGCAGGGCGAGGACGGGGCAGCCCUGGAGAUCAUCGAGGUCCAGCGCUGCAACCGCUCCUCCAAGACUCACUUGCCGCUGCCCAGCGCGGCGUGCGGCUCCCCGCCGCCCCCCUCCUUUGAGCGGCGCAACGAGAAGAACACGGAGGCCAAGCGGAGGAUGGCUCUGUCCCGGGAGAGGAAGACUGUCAAGACCCUGGGCAUCAUUAUGGGCACCUUCAUCCUCUGCUGGCUGCCGUUCUUCAUCGUGGCGCUGGUCCUGCCCUUUUGUGACAGUAAGUGCUACAUGCCUGACUGGCUGGGGGCAGUCAUCAACUGGCUGGGCUACUCCAACUCCCUCCUCAACCCCAUCAUCUAUGCCUAUUUCAACAAAGACUUCCAAAGUGCUUUUAAGAAAAUUAUCAAGUGCAAAUUCUGCAGGCAGUGAAGCCCCCCCACCUCCGGGACGGGGCAGCGGCGGCUCCUGCCCCUGGCUCCAUCCCGCCUGCCCCCCGCUGCAGUGCGCCCUUCGCCCAGCCCCUCCCCAGUGCCGGCAGGAGGCCGGGGGGCGCCUGGACC